GUACCAUCUACUCCAGCAAGAACAGUGUUGGACUAUUGUUAGGGCACUAUCAUGUUGUAUGGCAAGUAGGGUAGAUUUGCUGGUGUAGAUCAAACCUUUGAGUGCUUGUUGCUAGCAGAGUUUCAACCAUAACGUGCACAGAGCCCUAAAAAUGAGACACUUCAAACAGCAGGCUAGUCUUCACAAUGUCAGACACAAAUAGUUGACCCACUAGGAGUAUAAACAAUUUCAUUUUUCCUGUAGUAUCAUGGGUUUUUUUCCUCCUUACAUGUGCCCCAGUUCCCCUAUCUUAAUGGUGGAAUUAUAUAUGCUUAUCUUCUAGCCAUUUGUAGGCUGCCUUGCCCCAUUUCAAAAUAGAAAUCCUGUGGAUCUGAGCACCUUUCAUACAUGUAGUGCUGUUACCACUUUAAACUCAAAUUCUUCAGCUGUCUCGGUUCUACUGACCCGUGUUAUCUCCCUCUGGUCCACCUCUCUGGCUUGACCAUCAACCCCACUGAUCAUGCAACAGCGACAGCUUGCUGCCUCAAAACAGAGCAUUCAAAUGAAUUCGCUUAGCCAAUAACUUCUGUGAAGUUGCCUUUUCUAAUGGUGUUAUUACUCAGUGAUGCACAAAUAUGAUAUUGCCCCUACUGGUAGGCAAACAGGGGGUCUGUAUAAACAUGGUAAACUGCUGUUUUUCUUUAAAGGAGAGCCAAAGACUUGUGCUUUACUUUUUUUCACCCUUUUUCCCCCAGGAUAGCCGUUUUGAUAGUCAAAUCUUUGUAGAAUUUUGUGAGUUGACUGUAUUUUCCUGGUAGCAGUUUGCACAGUUAAUGAUUGUCAAGCCUUAAACAUAUGUUAAAUGGUGGCAUCAGUUCAUCUAGUUACACAAUUUGAAAAGGGUGUGUUUAAGCACCUAAUAUAUUUUGGAGUCUUCUAACUUUCAUACUUGUUCUUUCAUCCACUCCCAUGCACUCUCUCAGCUAAUUUACAGGUAGCAGAGAAGGCACUUAGAAGUUUACAUAGUUUAAAAAAGCCAUGUUUAUAAACAUUAUUGCUGAUUAACCUGUUGGAUUUUGCUGGUUUAAAAUUAAAAUUUCUAAAAACUAGUUUGCUGCAAAUGUGAAUUUUUGCUGACUUCUAAGGAAGUCCAGUGAGACUGACAAGAUUCCUGUCCAGCUAUACCAUUGCUUUAAAUCAAAUACAGUACAAAUACUUCAUGCAAGGACAUUGUUGCCUACUAAUAACAAGUAUUUAAUAUCUGUGACAAACUCACUGAACUGCAAAGUAGAAGAAUUGGGCUUUUGAGUUUGACAUACAGUAAAGCCUUUUUUUUAACUACUUUCUAUGGGGUCACUUAAAUCUCUUGCAGAUUAUGCUUUUGAAAUUCAGAGGGGAAUACCUAAACAGUAAAAGUAAUCGGAAAAUCCUCCGCUUCUUGCUGUUUCCAUUCACAAAAGUGUGGAGCUUUUAAAAAAUAUUCUGACAGCCACAGGUCAGUGAUAAGUACCAACCCUCAGGGCAGCUUUUUGAAGAGGGAGCACUUUGUCAAGAAGCUAUCUUUAGUCAAAGAUUGACUAGAACUUUAAUUUAAAAAAAAAAACCAAGAAAUUCAGUGCUAAAAAUGAGAGCGUUGAAUAGCAGUUCUGCCAGCUAGCCUCUUCUGUUUAACAAAUGGAAAACCAAUCCAUGCAAAAGCUGUUUGAGUGUGGAGAAUUACAUAGAGUAGUUUACAUGAGCAGGCAGAAUAACUGGCAUGACUUCACCUCCAUAACGAUCCAUUAUAUUGAUUUCCUUCUCCUCCCCUUGUCUAUAAACAUGUACACUUUCUGCCCCAUCUCCUAAUAUUGGCAGUAUUGACAGUGAUUGAUGCUACUGUCCACAAGUUUAUACAUCUCUUUAACAUACUAAAACGCUUCCCCUGUCUUGUUCAGCAUAGUGAUUCAGACAUUGACCUGGUGAAAAGCCUGUCAUGCUAAAUGUAAUCUCAAUUUAUAUUAACAAUUAAUCACACUUCUGAGCUACCUUCUAAACAGUCUUGGUGCUGAGAAGUCACAUUUUGUGUCCUUUGCGGUAUGUGAGUACAUGGCCAAGAUUGUUCAUAUGACAUUGAAACGGAUUUGCUCUCACCAUAACUUUAAUAUGAAAUAUAAAAAUUAAAUACUGAUACCAUAUUGUUAAAUACUGAUACCAUCAACUACUUGCUUUCUGACAAAAUGGCAGAUACUGGGAAGAGGCUUAAGUGCCAGUUCAGUUACAUGUCAAAAGUCAACUGGUCUGGGAGAUCUUAUUCCAACAGAGUCUCCUGACACAGGUUCCACAUUUUGUAAAAACCAGGUGUUAACUGUGUCUCUGAUCAUGCCUCAUCCUUGGAAGCAGUUGAUUGUUGUGAUGUAGAUGGGACCUUAAUUGAAGGAGAAAGGAGCAUUAAUGUCAUUUAAAUGUAUAAGUGGUGAGAGCAGUUUCAUGCCAUGGGAACGCUGAACACUAUAAACAGAGAGAGUGGAGCUUUCUUUGAAAUCUAAUGAAGGAGUGCAUGAAGAACUUGGCUCUUCCUGUAUGUACACUGGACUUCCUCCUCAACAGCCUCCCAGUGUAGGUGGAACUUUAUAACACCUUGGCCAAAAUGUCCAAACUUGGAUGUUGACAAUUUAACCACCUGAAUAAGUGGUCUGACCUUCAUUGCUACUGAGCUCCUGCAGCUUCCACAAAGUUAACCUCUAAGUCCAGUAGGAGCUCAGCACCUCUGAAAAUCAGACAUCUUCCAUUCAGGUGCUGAGCUGCAGCCACCAGAUUCUGGAUGCUUUUGCCCAAUAGAUCUGGAGUUGGGUAAGUUUCACCAGUUCCUCCUGGUUCUGGAAGUUUUGGCCAAAAGGAAAACACAGCAGUAUCAAUUUAAAAAUAGAAAAACAGUUUUGUCUUGGGGAAAGUACAACCAAAGGGAGACGCAGUCCAUGAAAAGAAAAAGUAUUAGAUAUACUGAAAUAUGUAUAUGUAUCUGUAACUAAAUAACAAAAUCCUGUGGUGUAUUUGAUGUUUAUGGUAUAAACUAAAAAUCAUUUGCUUCUCUGUAACAUUAAAGUUGUUAAUAAUUUGUGGCAGAUAAUACUCACAAGUCUUUGGCAUCCAAACCAGAUUGUGUACUGGAUAGAUCCCACAACUGGACCUAGGCAGUGAGCUCCUUUCUAGCUUUUAUUAGAGGUGGCAGAAGCUUUCUCUGCAUGCAGAAAACCGCUUGAGUCAGGAGAGGAGAAAUAACCCCCCUAGCAACGUAGCUGCUCCAUUGUUCGUAAUUUUUAUGCCAUUCCUUUGCAGCCUCUCCUAAGUGGGCAGCUGCAAUGUGGACAAAAUAGCCAAUAACGUGAGACUCUUAGCUUUUCUAGUGUCAGGAAUUUCUGCGUUCCCCGUGGCUUCUGCUUGCCAGGUAAGCAGCCUCUGUGCUAAGAGGAGCUUUCCUUGAAGGUCAGCUUAUCAGCUACACUGUAGCUUGAUUUAUUUUUAUUUUUUUCCUGCUUUUGAUAAUCGGUGAUAGUAAUGUGAAGAGCUCUGUCCCCAUUUUGUUCCACUCUAUGGGGAAGUGGGUGUUAGGUGUGUGUGGGAGGACUGUGACAGUUAAGAGACAGAACACACACAACCACAUGCAUUCCCACUUUAGAAGCCACCUAACUGUUUCCAGUUGUGGGAUUUCUCUACAGAAAUACUUUUAUUUGUAAGCCUAGUUUUCUGUGGUUUCUUAGGCUCAUACCGGUCUCCCCGAGACAUUCUGCAGUCAUUAUCACCUUUUUGGGUGGAAUUUAUUUUAUUUUUUUGUUUUGGUUUUUUAAAAAUAACUUUUUAACAUUGGUGCAUAUAUGCUUGGGAUAGAGCUUGUGUAAUUUACCAAUCGUAUUGAUUGUAUGUGAUUGUGCCCUGCAGAGGUAUAUUUAACAAAAAAAUUAAAAUAAAAUUUAAAAAAAAUAGGAUAAUAAAGGAGACCAUGAGAUUUGAGUCGAGUCAUGAAUGACUUCUUGAACUUAUUUAGUAUUUUGGAUAAGUAAGGAUCCCUGUGUGCUGUUCCUAUAGGUCAGUGCUGAACAAAAUGUCUUUCCUUCCUUCCUUCCUUCGUUCCAGUGGCUCCACUGCUUCAUGUGCAACACCCUCCUUGAUGUCAGUGGGGCCAACAUGGUGCUCUGUGCAUUGCACAAAAGUGUGGCCAUAUCCAAAGGUUUGUAAUAUUUCAAAAGGCAGUCUGCCGAGGUGAGUGACACACACUGGAGGCCUGUCUGCUCUUCCUAGCUGUACUAGGGUAGACCUUCUACAAGGCCUCUUACUUUCUCUAUUGUGAAUGGUGACUUUUCUCCCCUAGAGUUGAAGGUGGGAGACCUUAGCAGCACUAUGGCUGAUGCUUCUGAACCUUACCCAUCAGGUGAGAGUGUGGGUGGGUCACCAGUUCCAUCUGUCACUUGAGGAACCUGAGAUGCUGACACCUACCCAGUGCAACAGAGCAUGGUACCAGGACAAAAAAUGCCUGCUCCGCAGAACCAGACAAAAAGCAAACAAUAUUUGAUUUACUGCAUUUUCCAUGUCGGACACAAGAAUAGUGCCUAUGCAGUUUUGACAUGUGUCUUCUGUCUUGGGAGCCUCCCCCAGUUGCAGUGACCACGAUCCAACAAAGCACUGUAAGAGCCUAGAGAGAGAAGGUGACUGAAGAGCUCUGUGUAGCUCGAAAGCUUCUCUCACCAACAGAAGCUGGUCCACUAAAAGAGAGCUCCUGACUCAUUUUGUAUCUAUAAUAUCCUGGGACUGACAUGGCUACAACAACCCUGCAUGCUGUAAAAACCUGUCCAUUUUAAAAAUCAAAUCACUUUUUGGAGCAGAGAGAGGUUUGUCUCUUGGCUAAAUGGCCCCAAAUCUGCACUACCGUCUACCUUUUGCCAAUGUAAGCUGCCCUAUGUACAUGGAUGUUUGUUUGUUUGUUUGUUUUAAUCACAAUUCUGCUGCAACCUUAACUUUCUAAUUGGUGCCCUUCCAACACCCACUACGGUCAGUGGGAAUCUUUGUGAAUUUCAGGAUGCAUUGGGCCAGGCUCUUAGCCCUUUGCUGCAGGACAGGUUGAUAAUUCCUCAGUAAUACAAAUGUACUUUUCUUGUCCUGGUGGAAAAUACACAUUCCCAGUGAAUUAAAGGGAGGGGGCCAUCACAAAUGCCUUCCUUUGCAUAUGUUGAAAGUUGUAUUCUCAGUUACAAGGCCUACAAAUAUUUGGUGAAUGUAAACCAAUUACCUGUUGGUCUCUCCUCCCCUUACCCCCUCCCCAUCCAGUCGUGCUGAGAACCCCCAAACUCCCAUUGAAGUUUAUAGGAUUUGUCAGUGCUCAGCACCUUGGAAAACCAGUCUGAUAAACCUUUAGAGCUCUCUUUCUAGUAGGUUAUCUGUACUAAAGACCAUAGCUUUAUGGCUCAUCUCCCAUGGAGAGGCAUUUCAAACAAUGCCUUCAAAGGACUAAUCUGUGUGUUAUUCAGUAACUUGCAUUGCAGCUCUGGCUGACAGUCCGGUUCUGCCAAAACCUGCUCUCUGGCAGGAAUGAAAACAGGACAGUGCUUCACAAACACUUCGUUUUUUUACGCAUAAUCCUGGGCGUCUUGCAGUGUCUGGAGGAUAGAGGGUUUCGUGUGUGCUCUUGCAGUGGCCUCUAUUGUGAAGAUGUUACUGAUUAUUGCAUGAUAAAACCAAUCUGAUUGGCUUUUUUUAAAUCAAACGAUGUUUAUGGAGCAAACUGCAUCUGAGUUGUUGAAUUAAAUCAGCACCCAGCUCCCAUCCGUGCCAGUUGUGAGAUGGUGAAGGAUCACAAUCCCCAGUUUACCAAUGGGGAAAACUAAAGAACAGAAGUGUGUGAUUUAGCCCAAACUGCUGCAGAAUGGAAACUACGCAAAUCUUCUCCAACUUGUAUUUGGUUGAGGAGGGGAGGGGGCGGAGAGGAAUUGGCCCUGACCUAAGUUUCUAAAUCUACAAUCAUUUUAAUUCUGGAAAACUUCUGUGUGUUUUAUCAGCCAGAAUUGGGGAGCCCUGAAGUCUAUGUGGAGAAGGUGACCAAACUUUCCCUCAUCAAACUGAACUUUAAAACCUUUUUCAGAUCAAACAUUGCUUUGUUCAACUCUUUGCUUAACCUUCCACGGUUGGUCAUCAACCUUUGACCUCAACAUCCCACCUCUUCCCUCCCUUUCUCCCCUGACUUGACUGAGCUCUGGUGGAGUGCAGAAAUUCAGUGCAGAAGCAACUAUUGACUAGCUUUGUCUCUGAUUUUUCCCCGCUCUAAAGCAAGCGUGCCUGUCACUGUACGUUGCAGCUCACGUCCUGUAGGCGAGGAAUCUGAGACACCACAAGGAAGAUGCAUCUAUUCAUGUGGUUCAUCAUCAGCCUCUGGGGUGCAGUAGCUCCUCAGUACCACCCUGUGGAAGAUAUCUGCACUGCAAAGCCAAGGGAUAUCCCAGUGAAUCCCAUGUGCAUUUACCGUAACCCUGAGAAGAAGGAGAGUGAGGGGCUAGGGUUGGAGCAAGUGAAGGAGAAGAUUCCAGAAUCUACUAAUCCCCGUGUCUGGGAGUUAUCAAAGGCCAACACCCUCUUCGCCACGGAAUUCUACAAAUACCUGGCAGAUUCCAAGAAUGACAAUGAAAACAUCUUCAUGUCACCCCUCAGCAUCUCCACGGCCUUUGCGAUGACCAAACUCGGUGCUUGCGGUAACACCCUCCAGCAGCUCAUGGAGGUUUUCCGGUUUGACACCAUUUCAGAGAAGACAUCUGAUCAGAUCCACUUCUUCUUCGCCAAGCUGAAUUGCCGGCUUUAUAAGAAGGCCAACAAAUCCUCAGAGCUGGUGUCGGCCAAUCGUCUCUUUGGGGAGAAAUCUCUGACCUUCAACGAGACCUACCAGAACAUCAGUGAGGUGGUUUAUGGAGCCAAACUCUGGCCCUUGAACUUCAAAGAAAAGCCGGAGCAGUCCAGGACUCUAAUUAAUGAGUGGAUCGCUAAUAAAACUGAGAACCGCAUUACUGACGUGAUCCCUGAGGGAGGCAUUGAUGACCUCACUGUGCUGGUGCUGGUCAACACCAUUUACUUUAAGGGGCACUGGAAAUCAGAGUUCCCUGCUCAGAACACAAAAAGGGAUAAGUUCUAUAGAAGCAACGGCCAAAUCUGUGCCACCCCCAUGAUGUACCAGGAGAACAAGUUCCGUCACGUCUCCGUCCCCAGCGACCAUGUCCAGGUGGUGGAGCUACCAUACAAAGGGGAUGACAUCACCAUGGUUCUCAUCCUGCCCACCAUGGGCACAUCGCUUGGAGAAGUAGAGCGGGACCUGACCCCAGAGCGGCUGCAGAGCUGGCUGGGCUCUAUGAAGGAGAUCUUGCUCUCUGUCUACCUCCCCCGCUUCCGCAUCGAAGACAACUUCAGUCUGAAGGAGAAGCUGCAGCACAUGGGGCUGGUGGAUCUCUUCAGCCCUGAACAUGCCAAGCUGCCAGGUAUAGUUGCAGAGGGCCGUACAGACCUGUAUGUGUCUGAUGCUUUCCACAAAGCCUUCCUUGAGGUGAAUGAGGAAGGCAGUGAGGCAGCAGCUUCUACCGUAGUUAUGAUCUCGGGGCGUUCGUUUCCCAUGAACAAAAUGAUCUUCAAUGCUAACAGGCCCUUCCUGCUGCUCAUCCGGGAAGUUGCCAUCAACACCAUCAUCUUCAUGGGCCGAAUAUCCAAUCCCUGCCCUUAAGGAGCCGUGGCCAGGUCCCAGCCUCUCCGUCCACAUGGCCUGUGGCUUCCUUCAUCUCACUCCCUCGACCCUGAAGUGAGGUGCUGAUGCUGCUAGUGGCGAAGAGGAAGGCUGAGAGAGGUGCAGAGCAAGGAGGAGCCAGCUCUCGAGCCUGCCGCUUGCGCUCUGCCCCCGAAGCACAGAGGUAGGUUGGAAAGAGCUGCUCAGAGGAAGGACAAAGGCACAGAUGAGCUGCCUGGAAACAGGUGAGAGUUGUUCUAGGAGCAUAUUACAUCUAGAGAAAACAAAAUCUGCAGCCAGAAGCUGGGAGAACCCUGCUCCCAGGAGGGGCCUUGUGGCUUGCGCAGAGAAGCUAUGCGCACUCUGCAGCCAGAAAAAGCCUGCUGGUGUGUAUUUGAGGAAAGAUAGCAAAGAGAUCAGGUGUUUUAGUGCUUGGCCGAGACUCACGGGUAGAAGACGUGCCCGACAGAAUACGCUGCAUCCUUGGUCCAGUCAGUGGCCGAGUUCACCUCUCACACUGGGAACGUUAAGUGCUUUAACCUGGUAGGUUUCGUUAUUAAAUCACCAGACCUCCAGCUAAAGGAGCAGAUUCCAAAGGCAUUGCUGGAACUCCCUGGGGUAAUGAGACUUAUGUUGUAGUGCAGCCGCAGCAGUGCUGUCCCAAUGUAGCUUGUAUUACUGUCAGACUGUGCUAUAGUCCACAUGGAUAUAAACACACUGGAGCGAAAACAACUGAACUUUAUCAAAAGCUGAUCACCUGAGAACUCUGCAGAAGGGAAACAGAAGCUUGCAAAGAUGAACACAGUGUCGCAAGCUGUUGUACCACCACAGUCAGAAGCCAUUUACUUGCAUGAAUAUCUUUGGCUCAGUCUAUUCACAGACUUUCCAAUAGGUAGAGUCCAGAAUCACUGCAGUUUGCCACCUAGGCUCACAGGAAGUUAUAGGAGUAAAUGGGGGGAAACUGUUUGCCAGAAUUAUGGAAAAGACAAUAGGUGGAGGAUGGAGGGUUACAUAAUGGAGGUUCUGGGUUAUAUAAUGUGUGUGUGUAUAUAUGUGUUUGCAUAGUAGCUCUCCAUCUCUUUAAUCACCUAUUCUCCACCGUCUGUCUCUUCCAUGACUGUGGCAAACCAACUUCUGAUCCCUCACUUCCAUAACCUGGUCCCUGGCUUGACUUGCCUCUAAGGGCAGGUUACAAGUGGUGAACUCCACCAAGUGACUUAUGCUAUUUUGCUAGCCCCACUAUGGUGAGGAUCUUAAAGCACUUAAGUCUCAGCUUCCUAUGAGACGUGUGUGUACCUAUUUUACAGCAGGGAAGGCUCAAGACUACAUUCAACAUUUUCACACUGGCCACUGAUUUUUGGGUGCCCAGCCUGAGAACUUUGUAGGCCUGAUUUUUAGAAGUGCUGGGCAUCAAACUCCAGGGUGAGGUCAGGAUGUGCAGUUCCUUUGAAAAUCAGCCCCAAUCUCAAGUUGAGCACCUAAAAUCAGUGGUCACUGUUCAAAGUGUUGACUGUAACUUAUCUAACAGCAGUGGCUGAGCUAGGAUUAGAAGCCAGAUCUCCUGAGUCCCAUUCCUAGGCCUUCUCCUUUCACUGGUUAAGGAGGGUAUAAGAACAAGCCAGUACUGGGCCCGGUUUUCAGGGCAGGGCCUCCAUAUCACUUGCAUGUGCAAACAGUGGUGCUUCAGGGGCAGCAGCUAUGUUUCUGGAGUUCAAAUAGAUGAAGGUGGAGGCCCUAGUUUUGUAGGGGUGGCCUUUGGGUGAGGAAGAGUUGACUUCCAUUUCUCUUGUGGGCUGCGAAGAAGAAUUGGUUAAUCCAGCCUAGGAGUGUGGGCACCAGAUGAGGAGGCUGUAUAUUAGGAAAAAUUCCUCAGGUGCUGGCCAAAGGCUAUUUUCCCUCUGAGUCAGUGUUUUCUGGGAGGCUCUCUGCUGCUGAGCACUUUCCCGCUUGCUGUGGGAGAGUGGGCUUGAUAGAACCACGGGCUAUGCUGCCCUAUCACUUCAGCAAGCCAUUUUCCUCCCAGCUGUGGGAGGGGAGAGUGCUGCCUCAGCAAGACUGCUGCUGUGUUCUCUGCAGAGGCUGUCAGGUUGCACAAGGAACAGAGGACUCUUGAUUCAGAACGGCCUUUUCAGGCUUGAUGCCUAUAAGAAGGGGCUCAAAAUGGCCAUCAAAAGGUCACCUCUCCUACCUCUGAAACCCUAGGAGGGAGAAAUCAAACGGGAAUUUGGGGAGACCAAAGAUGUUACCAUCUGAGUAGUUAUCAGUUCUGCUCUGUGACUAAGGGUGGCGGGGAGAAACCAAGUGGGUCAUGAGCUUAGAUGGGGGGAGGACCGAUAAAUGAAAGACUAGGGACAAGAUGGCCCAGGGCCAGCUCCAGCCACAGGAGAGCUUGUGUUUGAAUGGCAUGUUACUAGUGUGUGUAAAGAAUAGAUUGAAUGAAUAUAGCAGACUAGUCAGUUCCAAAAAAGACAACAGUGAGUAUUAAACCAUUUAAUUUUCAAACCACUCACAUGCAUAAUGUUCUUUUACAGUGUUAAAAGAAAGAAGAAAAUGCAAUUUGUUUUUAAUACAAACAGAAUUUCAAGUAUACAUUUAUAGAAUUUUCAAAGGUUCCUAACCAAGUUGCUACGUUUUCAUUCACAUUGUUCUUAAAGCUGUUUGCUGAGAGCUUUUUCUAAACUGAUUUAAAUGUUUUGUACAAUUGUAUAUCUUCCCCCUUAUGUCUUAAACCCUGGUCCUCUUGCUUCCCUUCCCUAUCAGCACCAUCAACAAUUAGUGUGGGCUAGCAGCCACGCACCAGCUAGCCCUCACUAAGUGCUGGUGUGUGCCUGAGUCACAGAGAGGAAAGGAAGGUUAGAGGACCAGCUUGGGCGAAGCUUGUAAAAUCAUUUAAGACCAGUUCCAAUCUUCACAAAUUACACAUAGCAGGGCCCCACUUCAACCUACUGCAGACUCAGUGUGAACGUCACCUUUUUAAAAUAAGGAAUCUAACAAUGCCCCACGCCGAAAAAAAAAAAGAAGUUAGUACAGCAUGAAACUUCUUACCUGUGAAAAUAGUCUCAAGUGUUAGGACAGGUGUCAUACACCAGCUUCAGAUUCAUAGGUCAGCAUUUUAAAGAGAUGUCCUAAUUAUUAUAUUUUUGGUUACUCUAAACACCAGGCAACAGCAGGGUCCAUGUGAGACAAGAAUAACAUUUGGACUUUAAAACCAUAGAACUGAGUAGGGCUGUAUCUACACUUAAAAAAAACAACAACAACAAAAACCAGUAACAGCUCUGUUGUGGCUCAGUCCUGUUAGCCCAGAGUUAAGCCUCAGCUGUGUUGAUGGUCCAUCUGCUGUACUUAGGGUGAGCAGAUGUCCCGAUUUUAUAGGGACAGUCCUGAUUUUUGGGUCUUUUUCUUAUAUAGGCUAUUACCCCCGUCCUGAUUUUUCACAUUUGCUGUCUGGUCACCCUAGCUGUACUAUAACUGGUAACUUCUGACCUAUUAUAAAUGGGUGUUAAACACGCUCUACAGUGGACGGCACUUUUUUUAGGCCCACUUGUAUAUAAAAGCAUUCACACAGAUCGAUUUGUGCCUGUUCAGAGAACACUCUCGCCAUGCUGAGCUACAGCCACGGUUGCCGGGGUGGGUAAUCCCCUGGGUUUUUAGUGUAGCCUGGGCCGCAAUCUUGCACAGGGAGGGGAUGCUGAGGUAGGAGGUAGAGCUGCAUUUGCUUAUGAGGCUGCAGCAGGCAAUGGCAGCAGCCAAAGGUUUAGCAACAUCACUCCCUCCAAAACUCCCUUGCUAAAACAAUCCAGCUGCAUGUACAAGUGGCUACAAAGCCAGCAACAGCUACACCCAUCUUAAGAUUUAAAGUGCAUUUCUUCAGGCAUGGGGUUUUUCUUCCUUAACGUAACCUAGGUAAAGUGCUGUUCUCAUUGGAAAAGGGACUUUGUAAAAAUGGCACCUUUUUACUUAGCGGGUCUGUUUCUCCCCUGUGUACUCAGAGUCAGAUCUGCUGCCUAGUGCCUAAAAUAAGGUAUUUAUUGCUUUUCACACCUGUCAGCGCUGCAGUAGAGAGAGGAAGCUGGAUUCUUCCCCUAGGGUAACAGGAUUAACUCAAAUUUCAGAGUAGCAGCCGUGUUAGU